CAGCCCUCGCACUCCCCACAUUCCCCUUCUCCGAGCCUCCACCACUUCACCCUCCAAGCAUACACUUGAAGAAAGCGCAAAUCCAUGGAGUUCUACGUUGACGAGAAGUGGAAGUUCUCCAAGAAGAGCCGGAACAACGGCAGCUGCAGGCGCGUCUCCGGCGGCGGGGGCGGCGGCGGCGGCGGCGACCCGUUCCUGAAGAGGUCUGCCAGCACAAGGGACCAGGCGAUCGGCCGGCGGGGGAGCGCCUCCGCGGCGGCCGCCUCUGCGAGCGGGUGCGCGGCGCCUUCGUUCUCGAGCCGGUGCGCGGGCCUGGUGAAGGAGCAGCGGGCGCGCUUCUACAUCAUGCGCCGUUGCGUCACCAUGCUCGUCUGCUGGAAGGACUGCUCCUAGCCAUGGCGUCCCGCCGCGGCGGCGCUCAAGAUCUCCCGCCCCCGCCCGCCGUUUCUCCCCCGGAUUAGCCGCAGUACAGAAGCAAGAGAUGGAGGGUGUCGAGUAGGCGGCUAACCGGGUGAUGUAUGUACAGAUCGGCCUCUUCUUACUAGGAGUCUUUGUUUUUCCUUUCGUUUUUUCCAUCCCAGAACAGCUCUGGGACGGUUCUUGGAGAAAUUACUAGUAGUGCUUGAUUAGCUAGUGAUUAGCAGAGUACUUAGUGCUGCAAGCUUAGAGAUGUGGGGCAAGUUUUGGGAUCACCUUCCGAAGGAGAUGGGGGAUCUUGUUGUUCGUUGUCACAGCUUGCUGCUGCUGCAGAGGAGAAGCAGAGGCUGGCUAGCUAGGAGAAAUCUCAGACAGGGCUUGCUAGGCCUAGCUGAAAUCUAGUGGAUCUUCUUCUACUAUUGUACUGCCAGUGCAAGGCUGCAAAGCUGUGACUACCGUAUGAUGUAUAUACCAGGUAAAGAAAUGAGACGCAAACAACAUAUACUAGUAGUA